GGCCAUUCGCGUGUCGAACAUUCGACCAGAACAUCUCCGAGAAGAAAAAAAUUAAUUUGUGAUAAAAAUGGUAACCCUAAACCCCGCAUUUUCGAUCAUUUCGGUCCUCCUCUUCGUCGUAUUCGUCGUUUUCGUCGCAACGAGGCGAAGAAAAAGCAAAGAAAUUACCGCAUCGUUAUCGUCAUCCUCAAUUCUUUACGUCGAAGAAGAAGAAAGCGAUUUAAAAGAACCCAAAUCGCCGAUUUCGCUCCCGAUAAUCGGGCAUCUCCACUUAUUGGGUGGUUACGAAGUCCCUUAUCAAGCGUUUUCGGAGAUUGGGAAGAAAUACGGGGAUGUGGCAAGAUUAAAACUCGGCGGGGUGAGAAGCAUCGUCGUUAAUGGGGCUUUUAAUGUUAAAGAAGUUUUGGUCACGAAGGGGCACCACUUCGAUAGCAGACCUGAUUUUAAAAGAUACCAAUUACUCUUCAGCGGAAACAAACAAAACUCUUUGGCGUUUAGCGAUUGGUCAUACUUGCAAAAAUCGCGCCGAGAUAUGCUGAAAUCGUUCGCUUUUCCCCGCGCUUUCACCCACAAAUUCUACAGCUUAGAAUCGAUCAUAAUCGAUCAAACCCAAAUUUUAAUCAAACAACUCGAAUCGGGGAAAAACGCGAAAAAAAUCAUCCUCCACACAUGCGCCAACAUCUUCACCAACCACUUUUGCUCCAAAGACUUCAAAAUCGACGAUUUCGAUUUCACCAAAAUGAUCGAGAACUUCGACGACGUCUUCUACGAGGUUAAUCAAGGCUACGCCGCCGAUUUUUUACCCUUCUUAUUGCCGUUCCACACGAAGCGAUUAAAACACAUGAACGAUUUGACUCAUUACAUCAGGAAUUUUAUCUUGGAGAAUGUGAUUUGCGAAAGAUUCGAGAAUUUCGGGGUUGAGGAUGAGCCGAUCGAUUACGUCGAGAGUCUUAUCAAGCAGGUUAAGUUCGGGGGGGAGCCCGAAUUGAAAUGGGACACCGCGUUGUUCGCCUUAGAAGAUAUAAUCGGGGGGCACUCCGCCAUAGGGAAUUUUUUGCUAAAAAUGUUGGGGUACUUAGUCAAUGAGAUAGACGUGCAAAAAAAGAUCCAAGAAGAAAUCGAUUUCGCCACUAACACAGGAAAUAAAAACAAAUUUAGGAAAGUCUCGAUUUCGGAUCGAAAUUUGAUGCCUUACACCGAAUCCGCGAUUUUAGAAGCAAUCAGAUUAAUCGCAUCACCAAUCGUACCAAGAGUUGCUAAUCAAGAUAGUUCAAUCAACGGUUAUCGAAUUAAAAAAGGAGAUACAUUAUUUUUAAAUAAUUACGAUGUGAGUAUGUCAGAAGAGUUGUGGGAAGUCCCGAAAAAGUUCGUUCCCGAGAGAUUCUUAAUCAACAACAAAUUAUCGAAACCGGAAUUCUUUUUGCCUUUCGGCGGCGGGCGAAGAGGUUGCAUGGGAUACAGGAUGGUCCAAUUAGUGAGUUUAGGCAUCCUAACCACGAUCCUACAAAACUACACAAUCCUCCCGUUACCCAGCCACAACUACAAAGUAAAAGUGGGCUCGUUGGCUUUACCCAAAAAAACGUACGAAUUCAAAUUCGAAAAGCGAAAUAUCACGAUUAUUUAAUUAAAAAAAAAUUAAUUAAUUAAUUUGUUUU